ACACGGAGCUUUUGCUACACUGAUUGGCUCUCAGCUCAUCUUUCUUCUUUUAGUUCACCUUCUCUUUAUUUUGCUACUAAAAAAAAUCUUCAAAACCAAGAUAUUAGUUUACAUGGGGUAUUUCAAGAACCAGCUGCUAGUAUGUGCAACACUAGAAUGUGAAAGCAUUGAAGAGAUGGUAUCAUCAAUGGAGAAAGCUAAGCAAGAAGGAGCUGAUCUUGUGGAACUCUCUGUCCAUUCUUUGAAUUUCUCCCACAUUUCCCAGCUCCAGCAUCUCUUGCAGCACAGGCCUCUUCCUGCCAUUGUCUCUUACAGGUCUAAAGAAGUGAAAAACUCGAAGAUUGAAGACUCAAAGAAGACAUGCUUGCAAGUUUUGAGACUGGCUGUUGAAUUAGAUGUGGAAUUCGUUGAGAUUGAGCUUGAGGUGGCUUCUGAUACUCUGAUAAGUGAACUUAUGGACAAAAGGUCCAACACGAAGAUCAUUGUAUCGAGCUAUGUGAAUGGUGGGCAUCCAUCAAUAGAGAAACUUGGCAAUCUGAUUGCGUUCAUGCAAUGUACAGGUGCAGAUAUCAUCAAAAUUGUCAUUGAUGUAGUUUACAUUACAGACGUUGCACCGAUUCUCCACAUCAUUACUCAUUGUCAGGUUCCGGUAAUUGCAAGAGCUGCUGGCGACAGAGGUCUUAUAAGCCAAUUGUUGGGGCCAAAAUAUGGUUCUUUCCUAGUAUUUGGAUCUCUAGGGGGCAAAUCUAUACCUGGAUUGCCAUUUGUAGAAAGCAUCAAACAAAUUUAUGAGCUAGAACGUGUCAAUGCUGAUACAAAAGUAUUUGGCGUAAUCUCAAAUCCUGUAGGCCAUAGCAAAGGCCCUCUCUUGCACAAUCCUGCAUUCAGACACUUGGGAUAUAAUGGAAUCUACGCUCCCUUACUUGUUGACAAUAUCAAGGAGUUUUUCCGUGUGUACUCCGGGAAUGACUAUGCAGGUUUUAGUGUUGGACUCCCACAUAAGGAAGAUGCAGUGAACUGUUGUGAUGAAGUCGAUCCCCUUGCUAAGUCCAUAGGAGCUGUUAAUACGAUAGUGAGGCGGCCUACUGAUGGUAAACUGGUUGGUUAUAACACUGACUGUGAGGCUUGUAUAACUGCUAUUGAAGAUGGGCUCAGAGAAAGGCAAAUUGCCAACGGGGAAGCAUCACAAGCUUCUCCAUUAGCUGGAAGAGUGUUUGUGCUAGUUGGUGCUGGAGGUGCUGGAAGAGCACUGGCAUUUGGUGCUAAAAGCAGAGGGGCGCGGGUUGUCAUUUUCAACCGCAAAUUUGAGAGGGCAAAGGCUCUUGCACAAUCAGUUUCUGGUGAAGCUUUUCCGAUUGAAAGUUUAGGCACAUUCUGCCCUGAGAAUGGAAUGAUCCUUGCAAAUGCUUCAGCCAUCGGCAUGGAACCAAAAAUAAAUGAAACUCCUGUACCGAAGGAGGCAUUGAGAUCAUAUGAUCUGAUUUUUGAUGCUGUAUACACACCUAGAAACACUCGGCUAAUGCAAGAGGCUACGGAGGUUGGUGCCAUGGUGGUUAGUGGUGUCGAGAUGUUCAUCAGGCAGGCAAUGGGUCAGUUUAAGUUGUUCACUGGUGGAUUAGUGCCAGAGGAAUUCAUGAGGAGGACUGUUUUGGAACAUUUCUGACCGAUCCUAUCAGCUCAAGUCAGUCCCGUGAUGUUACUGAUAAAAAUGGCCAACCGAAGAGGUGAUCAAAACAUUCAUUCCAUUGCUUAGGGUUGCUGACGGAUACAAAUGCCAGUGUACGUGCUUGCUCUAUAAACGACGGGAUGUAGUAAUGAAUCUGGACGACGAGAAGGUGUACUCCAGAUUAGGCUUUUAUUACUUUGAUCCGUGGAAAGAGCAGAGCAACUCAACUGCUAGUCUGCUACACCUUGAUGGAAGGAUGAUCAAAAAUAAUGUAAAAUUUUAGUUCCAAAGCCAGUGUUUUUGUAUAAGCUUUAAAUUUUUGUAAAUAAGAAAUUUCAGUGUUGUAAACACACUGAUGGCUAAAUCCAUUCUUUCUUAUAUUUGCAAACGGUUUUGCACCA